AAUAGGUCCUAUAAGUAUCUGUUUUCUUGUUGGGAAUCAUAAUUUUAAAUUUGAUGCCAAUAACCAUCUGGCCUACAGACGGCUCUUGGGUGGGGCAUGAACUCUAAUGAUGCUCUUAUAAUGACAGAGGAGUUUGACAGCAAAGCAGCUGCGCUCAUUUGACAGCAUGGACUAAACCUGAUGCGCGUGAGCAGCAGCUCGAUCGAGUGUAGUCUAAUGCACUUUAUGUCCUUUUUUUUUUUUUUUAGCUGCAAGUGCCUAAAUCAAGACACUGGGUAAUAUGAAAGUAUUUACUUUAUAAUUGAUCCAAUGCAGAUCGGUUUGAGGAACUUGAUUCACCCUGGAGUCUCGAUAUCAUCCUGAAGCUGGACGAUGCGCGCGGACCAUUCCAGAUAGAUCAAUGAUAUGAACUUACAUUAUGCCUUCACUACAUCAUGGCGCUAUUUUUAUUGGAGUAUUUUUAAUAGUCACCGGUGGCUCCUCCGCUUUUCUAACUUCUAAUCAAAGUCGACUCCAGGCGUUCAGCAUGUGCUGUGUGGUGCUCGGGGCGGUGAUGCUCAUAUUAGGACUAUUCUGGGCUAUGAACGGCAAGAGAACCACGGUGCCUUAUAAUGAAGAGUACAGCCACGACUAUAGUCAAGUCAUGUUCACCCCACCGCCCGGAAACCACUUCCCCGAAUCCCAGUCCGUCUUUCUGCACGGGACUAUGCAAAGGCGAGGUGUAUACGGUGAAGAUUUGGACUAUCCCCCCAUGGAACCAACAUGCUUCAGCCCUACCACUCGGGGUCGGCCGCCUCACUGGGACAUGGAUCCUCCUCCACCUUAUGAGGUGGCCAUCAAAACCACCAGGAGCUCCACACACCUGAGGCGCAGCUACUCAGACACACAGCUGCUCACUGAACCUCUGUUCGGACGCUCACGGGAGAUCAGUUUCGAAGUGUGACAUCCGUGCCACGUUCAUCUCUUGAGACCUGAACUGCUGAAUACCCACCCUAAAAUAUUCAUAAACAAGUGUUGAUGAAGCUACGAAACAAGCAUUGACAAUCCACAGCUCGCAGAGGGAUUGUUUUUUGCCUCUUGAGAUGGUUUUCAACUUAACCAUGUGUUUACGGCCUUUUCUCAAAUAAAAUGCAUUAUAAAUAUAACUAUAUAUACAUAAGCUUUUGGAAAUAAGUGGGUAAUUUCUCAUUAAACAUACUGUAAUGCAUUUUACAAGAGAUGUGGCUUUAAUUUUAGGUAUGCCUACUGUCUCCCACCCUUAACAGAUCACUCACAUUUUAGAAAAUAUAGUGCCUGAAUGUGUGAAGCACACCUUAUACCGGAAAAAAAGAGAAGUUUUUGUUAAAAUUUGGUGGAUUUAAUGAACCAAGGGAAUAUUUAUGUGUAUACACAGGUAUAAACAUUUCCUGGGCUGAUAUAUAUACACACACAUGUUAAUAACCAAUAUUAACAGAAAAUAUUUCACAUGAUGAAGGUAAAUUUAUAUUUACAUAUAAAUAAUAAAACAAGUUAAUAUCCAUAAAUCCAUUGAAUAUUCACAAAACAUCAAAAUAUUCAAAAUUAAAAAGUAUUUAGAGUACUUAGUGCACUUGGCAUCCUAAUUGCUUUCCGGCAGUAAUGUGGAUGAUUUUUUGAAAAGUGUUUUGUUCGUAUAUUUAUUAAUUUUUUAGACUCUCAGGGCAAAAUAUUGUGUUUAGUCAAUAGAAUAUUUUCUUGGGAUAGCCUGUUUGAGCACACAAUUUUCCCAGACUCAGAAACCGCAUGGUCAGGUCACUUUAGAGAUCUGGCCAGAGAGAUUAUUUAUGCAUAAGGCACACAUUGUGGUGCCUGAUAAUGGGAGCACAUCUCUGCUGAGAAAACCACACAGCAUUACUGAGUUUAAUGAUGAACUAAUGCCCUGUUAAUAUUGUUUGGAACACUAUAAAACAUGACAUUCACAGCCACUACUUCCUCUGACUCACCCAUUACAACGAUAUUCAUCUUUUAACAAAGGCACUUCUGGGUAUUCUAAACCUUCUGCGCAUUUACUGUGUUUUCUUUGAGCUGCAAAGAAUAAUCUACCGAGGGCUGUUUACAUCAGUUUUGUGUGCAUGCUAGACAUUUUUUUUUUUUUUUUUUAGAGAUGCUGUACUUUUUUGGUUUGUUUUAAUUUAAACAACUAAAGGAUAAACCAGACUCCAGUUCCUUUUUCAGAUGUGGUAUGAUUGAAAAGUAAAGAGUAUUAUGAUUAUACACUUUUGCACUGUAGUCAAGCAUUGCAGAAUAUUUGACAUAUUUAAGAGGUGAAGAUCUUACCAAAACAUGAACGUUAUGCUCUUUAAAUGUCUCAUAGGCCUACUUUUUUUAAUACCUAACCAGUAUUUAUGUCAGUUUCUACAUUUUUAUAAUCUGUAAAUCGUAGGUUGGUUGUAUGUACAGUAUGUCAGUGUAAAAUUUAAGUGGAUCAAUAUGAAAUACACAUAACGUAUGACACUUAAAGGUACACUAUGUAACUUUAAAAAACAAAACUGCAUGCAUUUUGCGGAAGAACAUUGUUUAGGUUGUGCUUGGGGUCUGCGUGAGUGGGCGGAUGAAUGCUUUUCUUACUGCUUAAAAAACAUUCACUACUAUAGACCAAGACAUGUAAAAAGUUUCAAUGGAAAGGAUCUCAAGCUGACUUGCUGGAGACAACAGCCAUAAUAAAAUGACCUUUCACAAUAGAUAAUGCUUUACAAUGAACUCUGUUAGAGAGCUAUGGUGAUUUAUCUGUUCAAUAAAACACCUUACUCACCUAUUGAGUAAUAAAAACGCAAUCUCCACGUCACAUUUACAACAUUUCAAAUCCCUCAGUUCUCACCAUUUCCAAAAAGCCAAGCCAAUGUUGAUUCUAGUUUUAUUAAGAGCCAGGUCACCAGCAGACUCUCCUUGUUUCUUUAACCUCCCCGGAGGUUCCAGAUUUAUCGUGCUCCAUGUCAAACUUUCUCACUCAUUGUUACAACUAACCUAUACGCUAGUCUAGUUAUGCUAUAAAGACAAAGCUAAUGGGAACGUUUGAAUAAGAAACAUGGUGUCUGUAAUUAGACACGCACACGUGACAUUUUUCCAGCACUUCAAAUGUUAUUUUUAAUGUGAUGACCAAAAUCAUUAUUUGUUCAUCCUUCUGAAAUUGUCCCCAUUUGUAAAACCGAACGUUUCAAGAUGUAAGACAUCAACAUUUGACAGAAUUUAAAAAAAAAAAAAAAAAAAAAAAAAAAAUUAAUUACCACUAUAACCAGCAGGUGGCGGCAGAGGAGCAUUUAUUUGCGCAUAUAUUAGCCAUUUCCUGUAAGUUUCACUCAGUUUGGCUUUUGAAUAAAUAUUAAACAUUAUAAAAUCACUAGGAUUAAAAAUACAUUUUGUCAAGGUGAAGUAUGAAGUACUCACAAAAUCUCAUGAAAAACAAUAACUUUUCUUGUGAAUAAAUUACACAGAAAGCGAGCACCGCACUCUUUAUUUAUAGUGACUGAAGCUGUCAGUCAGUGCAGUGGAAGCUCAAUGAUUUCCACACACCUGUGAAAACUCGCAUUUUAUUCAAUGAAUCUAACUAAAGUGCACAAUAAAUCUUUAAUAUACA